AUGAUGAAUACAAAUACAACAUUUAAUUUUCGACCAAGUAUUCGACCAGCUCAACUUGAAUUACAUAUUCAACGUUUUAAUAUGACACAUCAUGCAUCAUGUUUAAUUGCAAUAGCUAAACCUGUUUAUCAAGCAAUAAAUCGUAAUUCAUCAAAUCAUCCAUUUAUUGUUUUUGUUCCAUCACAAACUGCUUUACGUGGUGUUGCUUAUUUACAUGAAAGUUUAAAUCAUAAAGAUCGUACAAUUGUUGAAGAAUUAUAUACAGCUGGUGGUUUACAAGUUUGUAUUGUAUCAUGUAAUAUGUUAUGGACAUUAUAUUUAUUUUCAUAUUUGGUUAUUAUUAUGGAUACAAAAUAUUAUGAUAGACAAGAUCAUACAUAUGAUGAUUAUCCUAUAAGUGAUAUUUUACAAAUAAUUGAUUGA